AUGGCCGAUGCUGACGCCGCAUCCGUCCGCCUAUCGUCCGACUCCAAGGCGGACCUCAGCGACCCCGAGAAGCCCGGGGAUGACGCCGCUUCGCUCUCCGCCGACGCUGAGGACGGCCGCCCAUGGUGGAAGCGGGUUCUCGUGAGCGGCGCGGACGGGGCACAUACGACGCAGCGGGGGAUGCGCAGCCGCCAUCUGAUGAUGAUCGCAAUCGGCGGGACCAUCGGCACGGGCAUCUUCCUCAGUGCAGGUUCGGUGAGCACCGCGCGCGCCCCUCCUGCGUUCCAUCUGUCUACAUCAUCGCGCCCCAUGCCCUAG